AUGCAGGCCAAAAGGCCCAAUUUAAAUCCGGAAAGAGGAGAUAAGAAUGAACCAGCUUCUCUGAUGGCACCGACUCAAGGGCAAGUUGGUCACGUCAACAGAGUAGCCAGGCUGGUUGAUAAGGAGGUAGAGAACCGCGGGAUUUAUCCGACUCCUGACAAUGUUAUAGCCUCUUCGUUGGCAACACGACUACGUCGUGAAAAUGGACGUGUCUAUUACAGAGGACGUCUCUUGCAGAGAAGAGAUGCCGAAGUGAGGCCGCCCUUUGGCUGUAGACGAUUGGAGUGGCCACAGCUUGAUCCAACGGCAGAUGAUCAAGCUCACACUCAAGAGGUCGAGGUGGCAGCAACAUCGGCUUCACAGUCGACUGAGUCGGAAUCGCUUCCCUGGGUUGCUAGGCGAGAGAUACAGUCGACCAGAGCCAUGACGAUUAAAAGUGACAAUAGACGUGGCGAUCCAACCGACCGAAAUGUUGACACGGAGGUCAGAGGUCAGCGAUCGCGACGUUUCACGCCUCGACGAGCCUGUCCUCUGGGUCAAUUGACCGAGUUGCCAAGAUCCCGUGACGCCUGUAUCCGGCGGGUGGGAGGAGAUGUGACAUGUGAACAUGUACCGGAAACGGUACGAGAAGGUCGCCUGCCGGACGGACUAGACGGCUCCAGUGACAGCAGCAAUAGCAGCACCAGCGAAAAUGAGCGAAGCCGACGCAACAAUAGCGUCGGCAGUCGACAUCUGUACCUCGUCAGCAGCGUUGGUGCUGCUUUGGGACCAAGGAAACCGCCGUCAUUGUCGCUGCAACAACCGGACAAACUGACCGAAUUCGAUGCUGACGUCGAGGCCGGUCAGACUCGACGUCGCAGUGAGCCGAACACAGCCAGUCAUUGUACAUCAACUCGAAUAAACUCCUCCAUUUCACAGCUUCUCUUCCCUUCAGCCUCUGACCUUUGUCUGACAAGCCUUGCCACCAGAUCCUCGGAGCCGCACCAGCCGAGAAGAUUCGAACGGCUUCGUGUUGGAAUUGAUGUGAAGAAACCUUUUCUCGAUGAAGUCUGCUUCGUUUGGCACAAAAAUACCGCCAGACUCCAACGAAAGAUGCAAAAGAGUGAAAUGUAG